GCAAUUUUUAGGCACUAUAAAAGGUGGGGAGGGAGCACAAACGUUCUGUCUCAAACUGCUCACAGCAGGUUUGAGGAAAAAGUCACACAACUCCUCUAUUCCGUCCAUCUAAAGUGUGGCAAGAUGAAUUUGCUCUUCACUGUUGUAGUCUCAGGACUUAUUUCACUUUCAUUUGCUGCUCAACGUCCUAUCAAGUGGUGUGUCAUUAGUGAUGCAGAACACUCAAAAUGCAACAAAUUGAAAAAAGCAAUGGAAACAGAAAGUUUCGCAUUUGAAUGUGUAAAGAGGAAUAAUGUUAAAGAGUGUAUGACAGCCAUCAAGAAUAAUGCGGCAGAUGCUAUAACAGUGGAUGGUGGAGAUAUUUAUGAGGGAGGUCUCUUGUCUCAUGGACGCCUAAAGCCAAUUGCAGCUGAACAAACUACAGGGCAGACAUGUUACUAUGCUGUAGCAGUGGUAAAAUCAAACAGCACGUUUAAUUUCAAGCAUUUGGAAGGCAAGAAAUCCUGCCACACUGGUCUAGGGAAAUCUGCUGGUUGGAUCAUCCCAAUUGGAACUCUUCUGAGCAAAUAUCCAGGAAAAUGGAAUAGAGAAGACAACAUUGAAAAAUUUGCGUCAGACUUUUUUUCUUCCAGUUGUGUUCCUGGUGCAGAUAAAAAUCAAUACCCGAAGCUGUGUCAGAACUGCAAAGGAAGGAAAGAAUUUAAAUGCAAGCGAUCACACGAUGAACCCUACUAUGACUACUCAGGAGCAUUCAACUGCUUGGCAGAAGGUGCUGGAGAUGUGGCCUUUGUGAAACACACCACAGUCCCGGCUGAUCAGAAGCAAAACUACAAACUUCUUUGCAAGGAUGGUACCAAAAAGAACAUUGAUGAAUACAAGAGCUGUUACUGGGCAAGAGUUCCCGCUCACGCAGUGAUGGUGAGAAGUCAGCCAGUUGACGAUGCCAAGAAUGAAAUUAUCUGGAAAUUCCUCUCAAGAGCUCAGGAAAGAUUUGGGCAAAGUAGUACAGGUACUGAAAGUUUUAAGCUCUUCAAGUCAGGACCAAAACAGAAGGAUUUGAUGUUUAAAGAUUCAACACAAAAACUGGUUCACCUCCCUAGUGGAAUGGACUAUCAGAAUUAUCUGGGCCCUGGCUACAUCACUGCUAUGAAGGCUAUCAGGAAAGAGAGCAGUGUUUCGGCUGGUUCCAAAAUUCGUUGGUGCGCAAUUGGUGAAGCGGAAAAAAAAAAAUGUGAUGAAUGGUUCUGGGCAGUCAAUUGUGUGUUAGGUACCAGUGCAGAGGACUGCAUCCAGCAGAUCAUGUUCGGCACCGCUGAUGCAAUUACUCUCGAUGGUGGCCAAAUCUACCUUGCAGAAAAGUGCGGUCUUGUUGCAGUUAUGUCUGAAUAUUACAACAAAAACAAUCAUGGGCCAUGCAAACGUGUAGCAAAUGCAGAAAAUCUACCCUCUUACUAUGCCGUGGCCGUCGUGAAGGAUUUGAGCCUAACCUGGGAAAAACUGAGGGGAAAGAAGUCGUGCCACACAGCCAUUGGGCGCACUGCAGGCUGGAACGUGCCCAUUGGAACCCUGGUUAAAGAGGGAAAGAUCAAAGCUUGUGACAUUUAUAAUUCAUCAUAUUUCAGUGCAAGCUGUGCUCCGGGAGCGGAUACGUCUAAUCCCAGACUGUGUUCCCUGUGCAUUGGUAAGAAAAUACCAACCGGAACACCACAAGAUGUAUGUGUAGCCAACACCAAUGAACGCUACUUCAGUUACAGUGGAGCCUUCAGGUGCCUUGUGGAUGUUGGCGAUGUUGCUUUCGUUAAGCAUACAACUGUGCCAGAGAAUACUGACGGGAAUGGAAAGCUAGAUUGGAAUCGGAAUCUGACGUCUGGCAAUUAUCGUCUGUUGUGCCCAAAUAACAAUAUAGCCCGUGUCGACAAGUACAUGGAUUGCCACUUGGCCAAAGUCCCAGCACACGCUGUUGUGACUCGACCAGACAAGAGGAUGGAAGUUGUUGAUUUGCUAAAAAAAGAACAGGAGAAAUAUGGUUUGAAUGGGUCCCAGAAAAAAACAUUUGAGAUGUUCAGCUCUACAAAGCACGGAAAGGACUUGGUUUUUAAGGAUUCUACACAGUGCCUCAUUGAAAUCCCCAAAUCAAUGCAAUCAGGUCAAAGUUUCCUGAACAAAGAGUAUAUGACUUCCUUCGAAGCACUGAAUAACUGCAAACCUCCAGCGCUUCUGAAUAUAUGCUCCUUUGAGAAGUGCUGAACGCACAUGUGUGACCUGCCAAGGCUUCGAGCACAAUGUAGUCCAGAAUGCCAUUUUAUAUCCAUCAGUCUGAAUGCAAUGACAACUACAUAACAUCAACUCAAAUCCUUUGAAUGUAUUUGUGUCAACCAUUGAUAGCAUGAAUAAAGUAUUCCAUGGCAGAAU